CGGCCGCUGUCGAGGGUGCACCGAGCGGCCUGAGCUCUUGCUGCCCGUCGGGGUUUCUGCUGCCCUUGCGAGCGGGGCGCCCUCCGGAGCCCCCGCCGUCCCUGCGCAGCUUUCCCUCAUGCUAGAUACGCUCAGGCCCCCCGCUCCCCCCUUCGUGUCUGACAUGGCGAUCAGCAAGACGGUGGCGUGGCUCAACGAGCAGCUGGAGCUGGGCGCGGAGCGUCUGCUGCUCAUGGACUGCCGCCCUCAGGAGCUGUACGAGUCGUCGCACAUCGAGUCCGCCAUCAACGUGGCCCUGCCGGGCAUCAUGCUACGCCGCCUGCAGAAGGGCAACCUCCCCCUGCGCGCCCUCUUCGCCAGCAGCGAGGAGCAGCGCGAGAAGUUUGCCCGUCGCUGCGGGACCGACACCGUCGUCCUCUACGACGAGAGCAGCAGCGACUGGAAUGAGAACACGGCCGGCGACUCCGUCCUGGGCUUGCUGCUCAAGCGCCUGAAAGACGACGGCUGCAGGGCCUUCUAUCUGGAAGGUGGUUUCAGCAAGUUCCAGGCAGAGUAUGCCCUUCACUGCGAAACUAACCUCGACAGUUCAUGCAGCAGCAGCUCUCCCCCAUUGCCGGUCCUGGGCUUAGGAGGUCUCCGAAUCAGCUCGGAUUCCUCUUCAGACAUUGAAUCCGACAUCGAUCGCGAUCCUAACAGUGCCACAGACUCUGACGGCAGCCCCCUGUCCAACAACCAGCCUUCUUUCCCAGUGGAGAUCCUUCCUUAUCUCUACCUGGGCUGUGCCAAGGAUUCCACUAAUUUGGAUGUUUUAGAAGAGUUUGGCAUUAAAUAUAUCUUGAAUGUCACCCCCAACCUGCCCAACCUUUUUGAGAAUGCUGGUGAAUUCAAAUACAAGCAGAUCCCCAUCUCUGACCACUGGAGCCAAAACUUGUCUCAGUUCUUUCCUGAGGCCAUCUCUUUCAUAGAUGAAGCUCGGGGGAAAAAUUGUGGGGUGUUAGUGCACUGCCUGGCAGGGAUCAGUCGAUCAGUCACAGUGACAGUUGCAUAUCUUAUGCAGAAGCUCAACUUGUCCAUGAAUGACGCCUAUGACAUUGUCAAGAUGAAGAAGUCCAACAUCUCCCCCAACUUCAAUUUCAUGGGGCAACUGCUAGACUUUGAGAGAACUCUGGGGCUUAACAGCCCCUGUGACAACCGCGUGCCCACACAGCAACUGUAUUUCACCACUCCUUCCAACCAAAAUGUCUUCCAAGUGGACUCCCUGCAGUCCACGUGAACUCCGGCCAGUCCCCACCUCUUCCAAGCAUGGGUCAUGUGAUCAUUCCUCAAUGCUUCUCAUUGGCAGCAGCAAAGAAACAGCAGCUUUCUCUUGUGGGCCCGGCUAUUGAUCAGUGGCCGCCUGUGUGCUUAUAACGAUAAAAAGGUUACAAUGUUUGGAAUCAGCUAUUGUAAAGGGAGGGAACGUUAUGUGUUCUCUGGAAAAAGAAAUGUAAAAUAAUUGCCUGUAGGUAGGCAGCCAAUUUUGUUCAGUGCACAAACACCCACCUAUGCAGUGUGUUGGAUUGUGAACUUCCAAACAUAGGUAGGGGAGAACGGAUACCAUGAGCACAUGUCCUCUAAUGAGACUGGGUGAAAUGUAUUACUUGCAGUUGUAAUAUACAUUGUUGUCUUCAGUGAAGACUGUUUCUCUUUCUCCCCCUUUCUUAUUUUGAUUUAGAGGAGCCAAAGAGAGAGGUUUCACCUCAAUGUAUUUGGAAUAUUUGUUUGCCAAGAGCUUUGUCAUGUUCGGCUUGAUCAGUGUAAAUAUUUAAUCUUGAAUCAAUAAGCAACAUCAGUUUUAAGCCAGGUACAUGAGGUCACCCUAAAAGAUGCCCUCUUUCUUCCCUCUUCAGCAGUUCAUUAUUUCUGGAGUGCAAAGGACACAUUUGCAACAUGCUUAAUUUUACCACUGAAAUGUCAAGACUUUGUUCCUUGAAUAUCUGUGCUUUUGAAGUUGGUCUGUUCACAUUUUGUGAAUGGAUAGAGUCUAUAUUUUUUGUGUUAUUUUUUUUCUUUUGGGCGUGUGCCAUCAAUUUAGGUUCUCAUUCUGACUUUUUGCGCCUUACCUUUGUAAAUAGCUUAGCUUUUGUUUUUGGAAGAGAGUUAUUUCUUCAAAGAGAAGAUUUUUUUGUCCAAUUUUUAAAAGACACACACAGAUGUGCUAAAUAGUGCAUUACCUCUGUACAAACUCUUCAGGGAGCUUCACCUCAAAUGCAAUAUUUUGCAUUUAUUUUUGUAAAAAAAACUGGAAGUGUGUGUGUGUGUGUGAGCAUGUGUACCUGUGUAUAUGCAAGAAUUUCUUGCACACGGUUGUCAAUAAGGGAGAGUCUAAUUUGCUGGUGUAAAGUUGGGAUUUUAUUCUAAGAAUGUAAGGUCAUAAAUUAUUAAUAAAUAACUAUUUUGGCUAUUG